UUUACGUGUCAUUGAAGAAAGCCUGUAAAUGACGGUAACCCGGGGUGCUCCCUGCCUGGCAGCGAGCCCGGCCGGCAUUUUUGGCCACAAGUUGUGAUUCAAUUCAUUCAAAACAACUCCCGCCAUUGUGUCCUCGUGCCUCCCGGAGACGGGGUGUCUGCGAGGACUGCGCACGGCGUUGCCUUUGACGAAUCUCCAAAAAGUCCGCGGGGAAGUUCCCCAGGAAAUCCCCCGCUCGCUCGCUCGCUCGCUCGCUAACUGGCGUCUAUUAUCGUCGCGCCUUCCUCGGCUUCAUUCGAGAAGGAAACGGCGCAGGCGGGGAACACAUGGUGGUGGACGACUAAAAGUCUUUCCCCCACAAGUUUAGAACCCUCUCCGCGCCCAAAUGGAGCGAGACGAGGCGGACGAGACGCGGAAGUACGUCGCGCUUUUGCUGGAGAGCCGCCGACAGGAGACGGAGCUGCAGGCGGGCCAGGAAGGCAUCGCGGCCGAGCUCGAGGCGAGGUUGCGGGGCGACGACGCGCUUCUGGACGCUUGGUGCGAGGAAAUCUCCAAAGUCAAACAAAAGAGGAAAGACGACGUUUUGAAAGUCGACACACAAUUGGAGAUGACAUCGUCAGACAUACUAGAACACCCCGACUCUCAAAUCCAACAACUCCGAGAAGAAAAUGAGCAGCUCAAGCGUCGCGUUUCAUACGUCCAAAGUCUGAACUCGCAGUGGCAAAAGUACGACUCCAGCAGGGAAGACUACAUCCGGGGGCUGUGCCGGCGCUUGAAGAGCGCGCCGACGAGCGAAGCUAGCGCGGCCGCGCUACGCCGGGAAAUCGUCCGACUCAAUGCGUCGCUGGAGGACAAAAUGGACGAAUGCGCCAGAUUGCGAAAAGAAGCCAGGGAAGAACGAGAACGCGUCCGGACGCUGGAGCAGCAGGCUGUGAUCUACGCGGAGGAUUUUAGGUCGGAGCGAGCCGACCGAGAGCGUGCGCAGGGACGCGUUCAAGAGCUGAAAGAGCACAUUUGUCACUUGAAGCAGCAGCUACGCCAACAGGAAGCGAGCCGAGAAAGCGCGGCGGUCCCGUUGUGUCGCGUGCACAUCGGCCACAGAGUAACGUCGUCCUCGCGGCGGCGGCGCGCGGCAGACGCGACCGAGGUCCCGUCGACGCCGCGGUGCCCGCGCUGCUCGGCGGCCUCGGACCAAGAUGACGUCCGUUACUUUGACGACGCCACCUGGUGAGCGGGACGUGGAAUACCUCGACUAAAGAACUUUCAUGCUGCACCUUUUUGUGGUUACCCCUUUAUAGGGCACCUGACUAUUUUUGGACAUUUAAAAAACUUUAUAAAUCAUUCAUUGGAAUGAAAAGGAUCAGGUUUUAAUUUCAAAAAGAUAUCUUUUUCUGCUUCAUGCUCUUACAGCCUCUCACAGUCCCUCCUGCUGCUUUUCUUGGUCAGCGGUGCCCUGGAGUUAGCGAUUUAAAGUUAAGAAUGAUUGACAGGACAGAGGUGUAGCUUUCAUCUUGCCAAAGGCGCACAUGUGUGGCAAUCAUCGUUUAGCUUGUUAAACAGUAGCGGUCGUCCGCAAGUGACGGCAGAGACGCUUCACUUGAGCGGAACGGUUAAUCGUCCGGUAAAAAGAUUCGUAUAAGCAAAUCGUUUGCCCCAGACCCUAUUUUGGGGGGGGACUUCCUCUUCAUUUUGAAACGUUCAUGGGUCACUUCCUGUUGUUUUUUGCACAUUUGUGUGUCACUUCCUGUGAAUUUGGCCUCAUUUCCUGCGUCACUUCUUGUUCAUUUUGUGUCUCUUCCUAUUUAUUUAUGGCCAUUUCCAUUUGAAAUGUAUAUAUAUCUGUAUACUGUAUGUGCAUAUGUGAUAUCAAUGCUGGCCUAAAUAACAAUAGUAAAUUUACGAUAUUUAACGGAGUGCCCUAGAAAGGGUUCAAACCAGGGAAUAAACCCAAAAUAAAAUUGCGAAAUAUCAUGGUGCUCAUUAUCUAGUCCUAAUUUAUCAUCAUACACAAAGCCAUAAGAUUUUACUGUUUUACUAUUAGAUGAUUUUAAUAUAAUACAUGUAUUUAUUCCAUUUUCAAUCAGUGCAAAGAAACAUUUUGGAAGGUAUGGUGCUUUUUUUUCCCCCCUCUAUUUUUUUAAAUAAAA